GGCUGGGCGGAUCGGGGUCGCGGUGUCACAGCAGCGCGAGGAGCUGAACGGGCCGGGUGUAACUCACGUGUGUAAAGAUGGCAGAGCAGGAGCCGACCGCAGAGCAGCUGGCCCAGAUUGCAGCAGAGAAUGAGGAAGAUGAACACUCUGUCAACUAUAAACCACCUGCCCAGAAAAGCAUCCAAGAGAUCCAGGAGCUGGACAAGGAUGAUGAAAGCCUGCGCAAAUACAAGGAGGCUCUGCUGGGUUCUGUGAAUGUAGCUACUGGUGAGUCCUGGUGUCAUCUCAGAGCAUGUGGUUCUAUCUGUGCAGACAUUAAACAGCUACAACAGCCAAGACCCCUUCUCUACACCUUUAACUGCUUCAGGCAGACACUAAGAACUCUCCCACCCUCCUCCCAGAUCUCUCUUCAUACAUGCUGCUGAAAGCCCAGCUUUAACUCGAGGAUGCAAAUAAUCAGUUGGGAGUAACUCUCCAAUAUGGGCACUGCUAGAUGUCUGGUCUGCCAGCCUUUACCCAGCUAGCUUAAGUCAGUCAUUGGUCCUUUGAGUAAAGCUUGAGUCGAUAUCUUCUGGGAUGUUUCUUCUGAAUGGAAGAUUCAGAGACAUCUUUCUGUCCUGAGUACAAAACGAGGGGAACCCUGGAUCUCUGCUCCAGACAGGCCCAUUCUUUCUAGUUCUUACCUGCUCCUUUGCGUUUCCAGGAACUGAGUGAAAGGAGAAAGAAGGAUGUAGAUGGGUUGGGCCUUGGGGUGGGGAUGUCAUUAGCACUUUUAGGACUUGUCUAACAGCCUCUUCUUCGUCUUAGAUCCCAGUACUCCUAAUGUGGUCGUGACCAAACUGACACUGGUCUGUGCCAUUGCCCCUGGCCCUCUGGAGCUGGACCUGACAGGUAAGCAGUAGAUGGGUACUGCGGUCUACCUUCCAAGGGGGACAGGCCUUGGCUAGCUCAGUGCAGACAAUCAGGAGCCCUGUUGGGGGGCCAGGCUAGGUCCACUGUCCAUUCUGGCCUGGAGCUCAGAAGUGGAAGUGACCUGCUAAAAUGUGUAUUUCCAAACAUAACUUGCAGGGGCCAGGCUCCUGUGAGUUUAGGGCUUCCAGCCUGGUGGUCAGUACUGCAGCCUCUCUGCUUCCUGUACCUGAGCUGCAGUGCAGAGGGCCCCUAGCACAGUGCCUUUUGGACUCCUGUUGGUUGUGCACAUUCAGUCCUGCAAGCGCUACUUAGAUGCUACCAGCUGGAGGAGCCCAGAAGCCACUUGGCAAGCGCUGGCUCACUGCUUUCCUAAAGAUAGGAAACCCACAGACCUAAUCCUGCCAUAACUCCUCAUUCCUCCCACCAAACUCAGCUCAGGCUAUGUGGGGGCAGGACCGAGCCCUACACUAAAUGAAGUAUUCCAAAUUGCUCCACAAACAAGUUACUGUUGCCAGAACUCUUCUAAAAAUACUACCCCAAAAUAAGCUGGGUUGAAUUAAAGGCUUCUCUGGGUUCUAAUCCAUGAGGAAUGUUGCACCAGCCUCCUCUAGUGGCAUGAGGGUGGAAUCCUGAUAAUGGGCCUGAGGGUCCCACUGGGAUACCUGAUUUUUAGUCAAGCAAGGUCUCCAGGUACUCCAUUUGAGGGUCACGUUUCUUCCUGCUGAUUCUGGGAAGAGGAGCUUGGUGCUGAGUCUCCUUAAGAGAGCUAGUCAUUCUGAAAUUGAGCCAUAUCCUCUGGUGUGGAUAGGUGGAUUCCUUAGGGUUUGAAUGGACUAACUUAGAAAUGGAGGUAGCUUCCAGCAUGGGUGGGUGUAAGGUGUUGAGGUCUCUAAACAGGGACACCCAUGAGUAAAUCACAUUUCUCUUCCUUUUUGGGAGGACAGUGUGUCUGGGACUCUCUCUUCCCCCACUGGGCUUUGUGCACCCUUCUGUGGAAACCAAAGGAGUUAAUGCAGGAGCUAGGGCGAGGGAGGACCCGACAUAUAGAAAGGGACACUUCCCCUGCCUGCAACCUCGCACUUCAUAUUCCAAUAGCUCCAGUCUCUGGUACAGAGCCCACCCCAAAUGCAACCCACAGCACAGUCCCUAGGGAGUCUGAGCAAACUUCUCCCUUCUCUGUAGGUGACCUGGAAAGCUACAAGAAGCAAUCGUUUGUGCUGAAGGAAGGUGUGGAGUAUCGGAUAAAAAUCUCCUUCCGGGUGAACAAGGAGAUCGUGUCAGGGCUGAAGUACAUUCAGCACACGUUCAGGAAAGGAGUGAAAAUUGACAAGACUGACUACAUGGUUGGGAGCUAUGGGCCCCGAGCAGAGGAGUACGAGUUCCUGACCCCCAUGGAGGAAGCCCCCAAGGGUAUGCUGGCCCGGGGCAGCUACAACAUUAAAUCCAAAUUCACAGAUGAUGAUAAGACUGACCAUCUGUCCUGGGAGUGGAACCUGACCAUCAAGAAGGAGUGGAAGGAGUAGCCCUUCCACAGGCCAAUUCCCAGAGAGAGAGUUAGCCAGGCAGUGGCUACAGUAGAAAUCCCACCCUGUACCAAAGUGCUGACAUUGGAACCCCACCUUCCCCUCCCAUUUUUUUAAGUCAACAAGAAGAGCGCUCAGCUCAGUAACCCUUCCCCUUCCCUCCCCCCAGAGAAUCACUGAAUGGAACUGACCAAACCAUGCUGUCUGCAUCUGACCUCCAGCUGCCUGCCUCAGGGGCAUCUGUCCUCUAGGCCUCUCCACCAUGCACAGAAGUGGGAGUGCUUUCUGCCCUCCCCAGGGCCCUGAUCAGGGUCUUGUCCCAUUGCUGCAUCUGACCUUUCUUCAAUGGAAUAAACCACAGGCAGGUGCUGAAGGAGAGGGACUCUGCAAGCUGCUUCCCACACAAAGGGGGCUUUCCUAAUGCUCCUUUCGUGGGGUGGUGCCUCACUUUGGGAGGCUGAGGAAUUGAUACCAGGCAGCCACUGAACCCUUCUAUAGGCUAAAAUCAUGUCUGUGGCCUCCCUCUCCCCUCCAGCCAGUGUCUUGAACACUGGCUGGCAGCUUCAUUUGUGGCUGUUUCCUGUAACCAUGAUGCCUUAAUGUGUGUAACAUACAUUCUCUAGGAAGGAGCCCUGAUCUUGUUAGCUCCCACCCCAUAGGUUUGUUAGCAUGCUGCCCUCUCACCUCAGUCACUCAUUAGAAAUGAGUCACAACUAACUUUGCUGCUGGCCCAUUCUCCUGAGCCUACUGCCAUGAGAGGAGAAGGGCUUGUGGCAUCCUGUGUUGCUCCCAGCCCACAGAGAGCCAUCCUUGGGGAUGUCCAGAGAAAGCUGUACUGGCAGAACUCUCCCACUUUCUGCUAUGGAGGUGUUGGUCCUGUUAGUGUAGAUCUCUCAACAGCCCAGUGCCUUCCUGUGUCUGCCCCAGCAUCUUUACUGUGGUGGGUACGGGAGUCAUGAGUGCUGCUGUUGCCUCCAAAUUAUUUCAUUGGAGCCAUUUUUGGCUGUAAAGCACUGAAAUGCCAGGGCAGCUCCUGCUCCUUCUCUUGGUUUGGUUUUCAGCUGGGGGAUAAAUCAGUUCAGUUCUGCAGCUGCUUUCACAACCUGGUCAGAACAAUAGAGCUUGCAAUGGACAAAUAUUCAAGAGCAGUUAAAGCCUUAUGUAUCAGUUCUGCCUUUGAAAUCUUGUGCCUGGCCUGUCAGUAUUUAUUGCCUUGACAAGUAGACUCCAUGUCCCCAGAGCAGUCCCUCUUCCCCUUGCAUCCUCACAGCACUGCAGCCUGGCAUCCCUAACACCCACACUGGCACAGUAGUUGGGGGCAGGAACUCUCCAGGACCCUCCAGCUACUGGACAAGCAUGUUCCAGCUCUGCAGCCAUCUUCUCUGGUUGCUUUGAUAAUACUGAUGUUCCAGAACUGGGACCAAAUGUGUGUGGUUUUCCUGUAGCUACGUCUCCUGCCCCAACUCUUCCUCUCCCCCUCCCUCUCCCCCUGCCCUUUAGAGAGAUUUUUGUUAAUUUGAUUUGGUGCAUUUUGUCUGUAAAUCUUAGACCCAGAUUAACAGAUUUGGAAUCAUCAUCUGCUUCCCCUUUUAUGACCAUUAAAUAAAAUCUUCAAACUGA